UUGAGGUAGCAGCAAUUCCCACCCACCCACCCGAACACAAAAAGUGACAAAACAAAACAGUGGUUCCAGAUCCGCGAUUCGAACUCGUCCGAAAGAAGGUCACAGACAAUGCGAUGUCACCGGAGGAAUUGGAUGUUUGGAAGAAGCUGCAGAGUUGCUUGGGGAAGGACAGAGCCCAAGGGACGAUCACCCAAUACAAGGCGGCUCUCCAACGGUUCAAAGAAUGGAAGGAAUCGAUGAAAUGGACCCGGGAGCCGAAUCAAGACAUGGUGAGGAUUCUAUACUUGGCGCAGCUCGUAGAAAACGGGAGAGGGAAGACGGCCAUAACUACGAAUCCAGCAUUAUCAUAUUUUUUAGGACCCACGAAUCCCUCCUACGCCUCUACCCUUAAGGCAGUUUUAGACGCCGCCCAACGCUCUAAAGCACCAAUAGUUCAUAGGGAAAAAGUAAGCGCGGUAGAUUUCAAGAAAUUCACCGACUAUCCAGCAGCCUCAAGAGACGAAUUAAGAACCUCAGUCUUAGGGAUUUUCAUGUUUAGAGGCUUUCUCCGGAUAGGAGAGGCGUUGCAGCUGAGGAAAUCGCAAAUUAGGAGAGCUAGAACAGGCUGGGAGAUUCACAUAGAAAAGUCGAAAACGGAUCAGGCUAGCAAAGGCACAAACAGAGGGUUGGCUUUAGGGUUGAGGGAAACCCAGAUAGUAGAGAAUUACCUAAAGACUAUAACCAACCAGGAUUUCUUAUUCCCUAAUUUCAACUCUGGAGCCAAAAUUUCCUAUAACUUAGCUAGUAAUCUGUUAAAAGAGAGGUGGAAUAAAUUAGGAGUAUCCACAAAAUACUCAUCUCACGCGUUUAGAGGAGGCGGAGCAUCAGAGGCGCUAGAUCAGGGAGUCCCGGAACACGUAGUUAGAUCCUUUGGUAGAUGGGGAAGCGACAAAGCUUUUCAAGCAUAUUUGAGAAAAGCUCAAUCCUUGAAACACUAACUAAUCAAAUAUUUUAGAUUCUCGCCGACUCAGCUUCCGACCACAUCAGUUCCCGCAGCUCCGCCUCCAAGUGGACCUUAUUCUUCAAACUCCUCGUAGUUGCCCUGCCAGUCCCAUUGCUCCUCUAAUUCGCCCUCCUUCUUCCUCUUCAACCCCUCCAUAG